AUGCCUCAGAGAAUCCCAGAAGCUACCGAGCUCAAGGACCUCCUGUCCCUCAAGGGCAAGGUCGUCGUCGUCACCGGUGCCUCGGGUCCCAAGGGAAUGGGCAUUGAAGCCGCCCGCGGCUGCGCUGAGAUGGGUGCCGAUGUUGCCAUUACCUACUCCUCCCGCCCCGAGGGUGGUGAGAAGAACGCAAAGGAGCUUGCGGAAAAGUACGGAGUCAAGGUCAAGGCCUACAAGUGCCAGGUCGACAAGUACGAGGACUGCACCAAGCUCGUCGCCGAUGUCAUCAAGGACUUUGGCCAGAUUGAUGCCUUCAUCGCCAACGCCGGUGCCACGGCCGACUCUGGUGUGCUCGACGGCUCCGUCGAGGCAUGGAACCACGUCAUCAACAUCGACCUGAACGGUACCUUCCACUGCGCCAAGGCCGUCGGUGCACACUUCAAGGAGCGUGGUACCGGUUCGCUGGUCAUCACCUCUUCCAUGUCCGGCCACAUUGCCAACUUCCCCCAGGAGCAGACCUCCUACAACGUCGCCAAGGCCGGCUGCAUCCACAUGACCAAGUCUCUCGCCAACGAGUGGCGCGAUUUCGCCCGUGUCAACUCCAUCUCGCCCGGAUACAUUGACACUGGUCUCUCCGACUUCGUCGCCAAGGACGUGCAGAAGCUGUGGCACAGCAUGAUCCCCAUGGGCCGUGAUGGUCUCGCCAAGGAGCUCAAGGGUGCUUACGUCUACUUUGCCUCGGACGCUUCCACCUACACCACCGGAUCCGAUCUCCUCGUURACGGUGGUUACUGCUGCAGGUAG